AUGUCUGUCGAAGCAGCCAUGGAGCAGAUAAUGCGCUCGGAGGACAUUAUGAGGAAAGUCGCGCCAGGUCUGGCAGCUGCAUUGGGGAAGCACGGAGUGCCACCCGAUCCUUGCAGCACUUGCCCUGCCUUUACCUCUGCCUUGGGCCCACCCGCUCCCACCCCAGACGCUCCUCCAGCUGUCGUGCGCCCAAACUACGGCCACGCAGCAAACAAAAUUCCUGAUGUCGGACAACGACGGCGCGAGCCGAAGGAUGCCGGACCAGCUGCUCGUUUCUAUGGCACUACCCCGCAGCCAGGAAGCACUUACUCGCUGCCGGUGCUCCAGCAAGCUGGAGCUCUUGCACAAGAGCCGCGAGGGCAUUUCAACGGGCUCACAGGCUUCGUACCAGCUAAUCAGCCUUGGCCGCGAAUGCACCUACAAGGCCCUGCCGUGCCGCACUUUCAGCAAGCCUGUCCGAGAUUGCAUCCAGGUUCUGCAGCACAAGAUGUCGCCCUGCCGUGGCCACGGAUGCCACGACCAGGCCACCUGACACGUGGCCCAGAGCCGUGGCCACCAGGCUGUGCUCUACGGAGUUUGCACCCAGGCCUUCUCGUGGAUGGCCAUCACAUGCUGCAGAAAGUUCAACCUCCCCAAGGAGUUCCUGUGCCACAUCCACUAGGUCACACUGCAGCUUCGAUGGGCUUAGAACUACCAGAAUCUGGGCAGCAAGGUUUAGGAGUCCAAGUCGGCCCACUGCCGGACCCGGCAGGCCUCAGCGUGUCAGAAAAGGUCUGCAAGGCCAAGAGCUCCCUGAGCACACCCCCACCACCGAGGCCCUCGGCUGCUUGUCCGGUCAACGCCCAGGACCUGGAGGCCUUCCUUGCCAGCAAGGCCGCCUCCGCAGGUGAAGAUGCCCAG